GAAUGCAUGUUUUAAAACAAAACAACCUUUCUUAAAUCCAACUCAGGCUGUAGUUUUAUUUAAUUGAAUAUUUUAAAAACAGGAUGUCGGAGCCAGAAGCAGCCUCCGAGAAGGACGUGUUUCUCAUGAUCCGUCGCCACAAGACCACCAUCUUCACGGACACCAAGGAGUCGAGUACCGUGUUCGAGCUGAAGCGCAUCAUCGAGGGCAUCCUUAAGCGGCCGCCGAAUGAGCAGCGGCUGUACAAGGGCAACCAGGUCCUUGAUGAUGGAAAAACUCUGGGCGAGUGUGGCUUCACUAGCCUGACAGCAGGGCCACAGGCCCCAGCCACGGUGGGCCUGGCCUUCCGAGAGGGUAAUGCCUUCGAAGCCCUGCGCAUUGAGCCCUUCUCAGGUCCUCCAGAGUGUCCAUAUGUGAUGAAUUCACAGAAUUCUGGAGGCAGUGACCAUGAACAAGCUGUGCAGUGA